AUCGCUGCAUCAUCUUUUAAUUCAGAUGGGGCUCCAGGAUCAAAUUUACUGCAUUUGUAGGAAAUCGUAUGAUGGCAGUAGUUUUAUGAUAGAAUGCGAUUCUUGUAAAGAAUGGUUUCAUGGAAGAUGUGUAGAAAUAGAUGAAGCACAAGCAGCUGUUAUGGAUAACUAUAUUUGCCCUAACUGUAAAAGGAUACAUGGCUCGCCUAGAUGUGAUGCUGAUGUUUUUAGAGAGAUUUAUAAAGCUGGUACUCCAAAAUUUAUAAAAAUGAUUAAAUCCAAAAAAUUCCUAAGUUCAAAAACAAUUAUGUGGUAUAUGACAGGCCAAGAAUUAAAUAUGUCUCAUUUUGUUUCACAUGGGUUUAACAAUCCAAUUUUUGUGGAAAAGAAGGAAAAUAUAGGUCUUAAGCUUCCUCCCCAUGAUUUUAAUGUCAAUGACUUAAUGCGUUACAUAGAUCGAGACAAGAUGAUCGAUGUAAUAGACGUGCACAAUCAAACGGAGAUCAAAAUGCGGCUAAAAAAAUGGCUUAAAUACUAUACCAAUCCAGUUAGGGAUAAAAUCUAUAACGUUAUUAGCCUAGAAGUUACAGAUACCGAUUUAGGAAAGAUGAUCAAAGUACCCAGAAUAGUUAGGCGUUUAAGCUGGGUGGAACUAUAUUGGCCUAGGCCACCGCCCCACUCACAUAUAAAUGUUCCGGACAAUCUCAAUUCAACCAGUAUUUACUAUGGCAAUUCCAGUCAUUCCUGCGACAAAAACUUGACCCACAAUCGAUUUAAAUCCGAUUCUUAUCAACCUUAUAAUACAUAUGAUUCUUUGAGUGCCACACUUAAAAAUCACCUAUUUUCUAACGAAGUUUCGGCUGAUGAUAAGAAAGAAGACGAAUUUGAAGGAAAGGACAAUAUGGCCGAAAUUGAAUACCUUUACCCACCUUGCGUGGAAAAAUAUUGCUUAAUGAGUGUUCGAGACAGUUACACAGAUUUCCACAUCGAUUUUGGGGGGUCUUCCGUAUGGUAUCACGUUCUUAGGGGCGAGAAAAUAUUUUACCUUAUUCCACCUUCGCCUCAAAAUUUGCAACUUUACGAAGAAUGGUCCCAACUCAGUGAUCAAACUCAGGUAUUCUUCGGCGACAUGGUAGAAAACGUUUAUCAAUGCACCAUUAAACAAGGGCAAACACUUUUCCUACCCUCCGGAUGGAUCCACGCAGUAUUAACACCUAUCGACUCACUCGUUUUUGGAGGAAAUUUUCUUCAUUCCUUCAACGCCUCUCAACAAUUAAGUAUAUACGAAAUAGAAUCGCGCCUCAAGACAGCUUACAGAUUUAUGUUCCCUUACUUUGAUUUGAUGUGCUGGUUGGCUGCCAAGAAUUUAACCAAAAAACUAAAUGAAUUUACCGACACAGAUGAUUCUCCCCCACCAAUUUACCUCGUACGAGGAACCCAUUUUUUGCUCCAGAAAUUAAAACUCUGGGAAAAGACUACGGAACCAAAAUUCGUCCUACCCAAUUACAUAAAUACUACAAAUAUUUUGAAUGAAAUGGCGCUAUCCCUUCAAAAUAUAAAAAUCGCUCAUGAUUUCGAUUACAUAGAUGAUGCCUAUACCGAAAACAUAAAUUACAUACUCGAUUCCCGUUUUCAAAGAGAACCAUUUAGUGACAAAUCAGAUUUCGAGCCUAACGUUGCUAUUGAACCUGCCGAAAAAUUAAAUAUCAGUUUUCCUAUCAAUUCCCAUUCAAAAUCCAGGGAUGAAGACACUAAAAAUUUGGUCGAAUCUAAGAAUACUCAAAAUAUUAGGAGUCCAAUCAAGAAGCUAAAAAUUAAGAAGAUCAGUAAAAUCGACUCUAAAGAUCCUCAAAAUUUUAUAUAUGUCGCUACGAGCUUAUUUUGAAAACGAUGGAGUAAAAUUAGAAACGUUAUUUUACACUAUAGGUUAUUCAAGCGAAGGUAAAUAACGGAAAUCAGUCUUUGGAAAUUUGGGGGAUUUUUUUCCAUAGAAAUAUUAUUUUAAAUAUAUGGACAAAUAGGAUAUAAAUAAAUUUUUUAAACUUUUAUUGAAUAUUUUUUAAGCAUUAAUCAUAAGAUAAUGAAUACUAAAAGUUAUAGCCAAAUUUUAUAUAGGGGUUUAUUUUAUUUAUUUAAAUUAUUCUUAAAUAAUGUUUCUUAUGUGGUCCAUCUUUCAAGUCUAAAUUCCAUUCACAUAAUUAUAAUAUAUGCAACUAAUUUAUAACUAUUUUUUUUAAAUCGAGAACAAAUGUUAACUACGAAAAUGUGUUUUGUAAAUAGCCAAUUUUACACUUAAAAAAUAAUAUUUACAUACACAAAAUAAAAUGGUACAUUAAAAUAUCAUUUUAUAUAGAAAUUAAUUUAUUCCUAUUUUAGAGUUAUCAUAAUUAAUUAAAAUGGGCAAAAAUAAUUA